GGUUUCUUCGACACAGUUUUUCUGCGUGAGCCUUGUUAAGGGUUUCUGUCUGGCUUCGUCUGAAAGUUUCAGUUUCUUUUCACACAUUCCUUUCUUUGUGCUGCAUUUUCCUUAGCAUUUGUAAUUACUCCCACUGAACAUUGAUGAGGAUUUGAUACACGAUUUUAUGUGUCAAGCGCUUUUUAGGGUUUACAUCUGCCACGGCCUUGACAUUAUCAAAUUUACAUAAAUGACUUUCUCCUGCAUUUACGCAAGCAUUUGGAUUUCGCCUUCGUAAGGAUUUAAUACAGGAUUUUAUGUGGAGUUUAUUUUCAAUCCAAAUCCAUCCAUGGCUUACAUUGAUGCAAACACGGAGACCCUAUCUCAUGCCUUAGAGGUCAAGGACACUGAGCCUGCACAGGCAAUUUCUCUUCUACAUCAGAUAAUCGGGAGUCCCUCAUCUACAUCCGAGGCUCUUCGAAUCAAAGAGCAGGCGAUUUCCAACCUUUCUGAUAUUCUCACCCAGGAGAAGAGGGGUGAAGAACUUAAGAGCCUCCUCACAGUUCUACGACCUUUCUUUUUGCAGAUUCCAAAGGCCAAGACUGCGAAAAUUGUCAGAGGAAUACUUGAUGCAAUUGCGAAAAUCCCAGGGUCUUCACAACUUCAGAUUUCCCUUUGCAGAGAAAUGGUUGAAUGGACCCGUGCAGAGAAGCGUACAUUCUUGAGGCAGAGGGUUGAAGCAAGGCUGGCUGCUUUGUUGAUGGAAAAUGAAGAGUACCAGGAUGCUUUGACCCUCCUUUCUGGUCUUGUAAAGGAGGUCAGGAGGCUGGAUGACAAGCUGCUGCUUGUUGAUAUUGAUUUAUUGGAAAGCAAGCUUCAUUUCUCUUUGAGAAAUCUUCCAAAGGCUAAGGCUGCCCUAACAGCGGCACGGACAGCUGCCAAUGCUAUUUACGUUCCUCCUGCACAACAAGGGACUAUUGAUCUCCAGAGUGGAAUUCUUCAUGCUGAGGAGAAAGAUUACAAGACGGCUUUUAGUUACUUUUUUGAGGCAUUUGAGGCAUUUAAUGCUCUUGAGGAUCCUCGUGCAGUGUUCAGUUUGAAGUAUAUGCUUCUGUGCAAGAUCAUGGUUAACCAGGCAGAUGAUGUUGCAGGCCUCAUUUCAUCAAAAGCAGGGCUGAACUACAUGGGAGUGGAAUUGGAUGCCAUGAAGGCUGUUGCAGAUGCAUACUCAAAGCGAUCCCUGAAGGACUUUGAAGUGGCACUUAGGUCUUAUAAAGCACAGCUCGAAGAAGACCCCAUUGUUCACAGGCACCUGUCUUCUUUAUAUGAUACUCUUCUGGAACAGAACCUCUGUCGCUUAAUUGAACCAUAUUCAAGGGUUGAAAUAUCACAUAUAACAGAGCUGAUUGGAUUGCCUAUAGAUAUUGUUGAGCAGAAACUGUCUAAAAUGAUUUUGGAGAAGAAAUUUGCUGGCACUCUUGAUCAAGGUGCAGGUUGCCUGAUUAUCUUUGAUGACCCAAAGCCUGAUGGCAUUUUCCCUGCCACUUUGGAAACAAUUUCCAAUGUUAGCAAAGUUGUAGACAGUCUCUUUCAAAGAUCAGCAAAAAUUAUGGCUUAAGCUUAUCAAGUUGUGGUGUAAGUCAAAUCUCUGUGACCUAUCCGAUUUUUUGAAAACUAUUAAAGUGGAAGAGAAGCACAAAAGAUACAGGAUUUCUUUAGAGUACCAAAAUGUUUAAUUUUCAAGUACUUAUAAGUUCAUCUUAUAUGAAGUUUCAGCAGCAGGACAUAGAUUUAGUUUUAAUUUUGGCUGCUUUGAGAUUCAGCGUAGGUCACAAUCAGGAUUAUAUAUUAGAUUCAUUUGUGAUUGCUCUUAAUUCUAAAAUGUUUGGUAGCUGAAAUGAGUGCAUUUCAAGCAUCCUUGUCAGCCAAUUAAUUUUUUGCAUAGAAUAUUGCGUUUAUUUUAUAAGAAAUUUGCGUGUUAAAUAUUCAAAACUCAUUCUUUUCC